AUGUUCUUCACUUUAACUUACACUGAGCAUCUCUUACUGUCGAUAUUCCUACACAUAUGCGGAAUUUCUUUCGGACUGUUCUGGUGGAGGCUGUUCCCUAAGAAUCCUGUUCGAUACAUCACCAAACUGCCCAAUGAGAUAUCGCUCAUGGUCGAAAAUGUGAACGAAGAAGCCGAGUAUGCUGCGCAGCAGGAGAAAUUGCUUAUUUAUGAGAAAAAAAUCAAGCCCCAACGAAAUUUCGGAUGA